AUGGUGGCUUUUACUUCCAUAUUGGCAGGUAUGGAUAUGACCAUGCACUACUCCCGGCCGUUUUGGGGCAGUCACAGUGAGUUUCUGGUUGAGGCCGUCCGGAACGGCUUACUCGCAGAAUCUAGGCUUACCGAAAUGGCUACACGACUUGUGGCUGCUUGGUACCCGGACGGACAAGCUCCUGGUUAUCCUCCUCUUGCCGUAGGAUUGCCAAUCAGUUUUACAGCAGCACAUGAGCCGGUGCAAACCGAAUUCGCACAGCUACCUGAAAGUGUAUCAACGUGUCUGAGGGCAAUUUUGACGAGCUACGUGAGCCAGAAUUGGGUAAUCGGACAAGUCAUAGUAUCCAGCGUGCUCCGUGGUGUUCUUGAUAUGGAAGCUCCCUGGGCAUAUCGUAUCCCCUUUGCCGUUCAAUGGUUCUGGCCGAUGGCCGUGGUCAUCGCGGUCUUCUUUGCCCCGGAGUCCCCUUGGUGGCUCGUACGCCAACAUCGCCUUGAGGAGGCAAAGGCGUCACUGCGUCGGUUGACGUCUGGACAAGAUGACGAUUUCGACGUCGACAAAACCGUGACCUUAAUGGCACUGACUACAGAACACGAACGCGAGCUGAACUCCAGGACAAGUUUUGUCGCCUGCUUUCAAGGAACGGAUCUCCGUCGAACCAUCAUCGUGAUCGGCUGUUACUGCAUGCAGGUCAUCAGCGGGACGACUCCGCGAUCAUACGCGACCUAUUUCUUCCAGCAAGCCGGUUUGCCCACGGACCAAUCAUUCAAUAUGUCGAUUGUGACCUACGCACUCAGCUUUAUAGGAACCUUGGUUGCGUGGUUCUUGAUGCCUCACGUUGGGCGACGAACGCUUUUUCUCUGGGGUCUUAACAUGCUUGCUGUCAUCUACGUUGUCCUUGGUGUUCCCCCAAGCACAAGCAGCUUAUCGUGGGCGAUUGCUUCUCUCCUCCUCGCUUCUGCAUUUAUUGCCUAUAUCUGCAUGAUACCUGUGAUUUUUGCGGUUGUUUCGGAAAUUCCCUCUUCACUCCUCCGAAGCAAGUCGGUCGCUAUCGCACGCUUCUCUUACGCGGUGAUCAAUGUAGUUGCCAACGUUCUCACACCGUAUCAGCUGAAUCCCUCGGCCUGGGGAUGGGGUGCGAAGUCCGGAUUUUUCUGGGGUGGUUCUUGUAUCUUGGGACUGUUGUUCACUUACUUCGUCGUACCAGAGCCAAAGGACAAGACUGUUGCAGAACUUGAUCUUUUGUUUAAGAAGAAGGUGUCGGCGAGGAAAUUUACGAAGACACAGGUCCAUGUUUCGGAGGUUGCGACAAGAGCACAUUGA